CAAUGACAUCCCUUCAGAGCCUGUAUUUGCGGAAAUACCUCAGUACAGCACAGUAACUACAUGGUCUUGAGCUGAGGGUGCUGCUGCUUUCACUAUCCAUCCCAUGUGUGCCUGAAGUUGGUUGAGUGAUUACAAAAAUUGUGAAUCUAGACAAAACUUUUCUUCAACUGAAGUAUUUUUCCUCUUCAGAUGAAAAAAUGAACGAAAAAACAGAUGAAAGGGACUUUUGGAGGAACUCUUGUCAACUUUAAGAGUGAUUGUUUAACUUCGAGCAGAUGCUCGGAUGUCUCUUGUUUGCCGUUCUCUGGAUUUCACCCCAAACUAAACUUCAGUCAUGGGAAUCUUUCCCUCCAUGUCCAAGAUCAUGAGGAAGGGGAAGUUUCUGUUGCUUCUACUGUUGUGCCUUUGCGUUGUAGCAUGGAUAGCAACACUCUCAAAUGAUGACUCAGUUAAAACUGACCAGGAGGAAUCAAAUCCACCUGAUGACGAGGUUAAGGGUGUCGGAGGCUUUCGUCAGCUGGAGCUGGAGUCGGAGAUGAUGCAGAGCAUCGAGGAGCGUGUAGAGGAGCGGUCUCCCAAACAGAGCUGUCCAGAGCAUUCACCCCUACUCCGAGGUUCUUUAAAGCUGUCAUUUGAGCCCUCGCUGACGAUGGAGCAGGUAGAGAGUGAAAACAGGGAGGUCCUGGAGGGUCAAUAUAACCCCUCCGACUGUACGGCCAGACAGAGCGUGGCCAUCCUCAUCCCUCACAGAAACCGAGAGAGGCACCUGCUCUACCUCCUUUACCACCUUCACCCUUUCUUACAGAGACAGCAGCUUCACUACGCCAUCUAUGUCAUUCACCAGGCUGGAGAUGCUACAUUUAACAGGGCAAAGUUAUUAAAUGUUGGCUACCUCGAGGCCCUGAAAGACCAGAGCUGGGACUGUUUCAUCUUCCAUGAUGUUGAUCUGGUUCCUGAGAAUGAUCAUAACUUGUACAUGUGUGGGAAACAGCCUAAGCACUUAGUAGUGGGCAGGAACUCCACCGGCUACAAACUCAGAUACAAAGGUUACUUUGGGGGCGUUUCGGCCAUGACGACGGAGCAGUUCCACAUGGUGAAUGGCUUCCCAAACUCCUACUGGGGCUGGGGUGGAGAGGACGAUGACCUGAGGAAAAGGGUGGAACUUCUGAAAAUGUCGAUACUGCGGCCGUCUCCUGAAGUGGCGCGCUACACCAUGGUCUUUCACAAGAGAGACAGCGGCAAUCAAGUCAAUAAAGACAGGAUGCAGCUGUUAAGCCGUACUCCCCAGAUGUGGAAGAAGGAUGGUUUGAAUUCCUGUUCCUACAAGGUUCUCUCUAUCGACCGAACCCCGCUCUUCAUCAACAUCACCGUGGACAUCGGCCUGCCUGAGCGUGCCCACUGAGCCACGAGUUGAGAGACAGCUUGCAUUGAGUCACAGCAUUCACCAGUGCCUGCCGGAGCUAAUACGAGGUGUUGUUGCUCCACACCAGGUUGCACUACCGAUCUGACCCGUGAGCCACAAUACUGAUCAAACGCUGCGUUUAAAGUAUUACAAUAAUCAAGUAGAAUUGAAAUAGAUCAACCAGGGUUGAAAUUAAGAAACGAAUUUAACGCUUUCACAUAAUGCGUUCUGUAUGGCUUGGUCAUCACAGAAUGUGCCGAAACAAAAGAGCUCACUCAGUCAGAAGAGGAAUGUUAUGUACAAUAGGCUCAAAUAUUGUGUAGAUCUAUAUGGGUAGAGCAUGUUGAUUUCAGCUGAACAUGUUCAAAUAUCGGUCCUGAUUUUUAGUAGGUGUUUGGGUCCAGGGAUAACGUUUAAUCGGUUUCAUUUCAGUGAAAUGAAGCUGUAGAUGGGUUUAUUGUUUUACGUUUAGGCCAAUGUUUAAGACAGAGCGGCUGUCUGUUCACUCAUAAAACUGGGUGGUUCAUUUACUGACUUUAUGAUCAGAGGAAAAAAAGACUUGUGAUUAUUAGCUAACAUAAUAUUAUAUGAUAAAAACAAUUAAUGAUUCAUACGUUACAGGAACUUUCUUGACGCUGAAUUUCAACACAAUAUGGCCGUCUUAUCAAACCAGCUGAUUGAUGAGUGUGGGGACAGAAAUACAAGUUUGGAUUUUAUGCGGACGAUUAUGAGCUGAAUCUAAUAGUCGAGCUGGUCAUUAUUUAGUGUUGUGUUGAAACUUGACAAACGGAAAUCAAACCCUAUAAAACAGUUACAUAAGUGCAUGAAGAUCAAAUGAAGGAACAAUUUACAAGUACUUCUUUUUUGUCAUAAUUCGAUUUUUUCAGAUUUUCAUUUAUUUCAGUUAAAGCUGGUAUCACAAAAUCAUCUUAACUCAGUUUUUUACAUUACAUUCUGUGGCACGUGCACAUUUAAAAGAUUUGGGUGUUGUAACUGUGAACAUUAUAUGAAUUUUAUACUGUGAAACAAAAUCAAUCAUGGGCAAAGGUUUAUGAACAUUAAUCAGAAUUUUCCACGAAUAGGGUGCACAUUGGGAUCCUUUUACUUUUUGUAUAGCUGUAAUGGCAGAAAUCAUGUUCUGUGGAAUGGGAAAUUAUAUUUAUAUAAAUUGUUAUAACUUACCACAUGAUAUUACCUUUAAUCUCACUGAAUAUCUCAACAGCCCCCUUGAAAUUGUGAUUUUAAAAAGAAUUAUAAUUAUUCGAUAGGAGUUUGACAUCUUGAGGUUUUUCUGAAGGUUUAGCACUUCACCUGAUAAAUCUAGGUUGAAAAGGAAACUUUACGCCUGUUUUUGUGCCCUUUUCAUGGAAAGUGCCCGCCCCUCAUGCAGUGAUGAACCUGUGUGUGCGCGAUAUUGAAAAAGCCAGUUUACUGAUGUUAAUAUUUCAAUAAAGAAUGGCAUUCAACAAAGA